UUCUGACAAGUAUGUUUGGCGCACUGUGUCAAAAUCCCGACUGGGAUAAACCAGUGAUAUCUCUUAUGGCCUUGAUAUACAUAGGUCUUGGGGGUUAUUUGCUAGGUCUAGGAAUACAGCAUACACAUGACAGUGAACCUCCGGUGUCACUUAUUUCGAUUAGACCGACUCCGUACAUGAUAAUGUCCCCGUUUUUGAUAGCAACUGGAGUCAUUUUACUGCUUAGCGUACUCACGAGAAACCGAAAAAUAUUCAACGGGUAUAUAAUUUUUGGAACGAUAGCCUUCGUCGGAGUAAUUAUAUUCAUAAUUUACGAAUCAGUCAGCGGCUAUUUCGGCGCCUAUCUCCUCCUUAUCCUAGUGGCCGUCCACAUCUACAUAUGCAUUCAUUACCGCUCUGUUCUAAAAAAGGACCAACUUGAAUAAAACACGA